CAUCCUCAGAGUAAUUCCAGCAAAGUCAAAGAUCUAAGAUCAGCGCCGCCAAUAUGCCAUUCACCACCAACAACCCCCAGCCGCCGCUCUCCAAGAUCCCCCUGGACAUGGACGAAACCUCCGUAAAGGUGCCCCCGGAACACGAUUCACUCUCCGUGGUCUCCAUCGGUUCACCCAUCAUCGAGGCCGCAGAAGACUUUGAUCCAUGGGCUCUUCCAGAACUUCAGGCUUCGGGUCCAUCUUGGAAAGAACUGACCACGAAGCAGAGGACGCUGCGUGUGCUGAAGGGCAUGGUGAAGGGUUGUCUCCUGGUUGGGUUCCUCUACAUCUUCAUCUGCUCCCUGGAUGUUCUGAGUUCGGCGUUCCAGCUCGUGGGAAGUAAACUGACGGAAAACAUCUUCAGUGACAAUGAGGUCCUCUCCAACCCCAUCGCUGGGCUGGUGAUCGGCGUUCUGGUCACAGUCCUGGUGCAGAGUUCCAGUACGUCGUCCUCCAUCAUAGUCAGCAUGGUGUCUUCUGGAAUACUGGAUGUCAAAUCUUCAAUCCCUAUCGUUAUGGGGGUAAACGUCGGGACAUCGGUCACCAGCACCUUGGUAUCCUUGGCCCAAUCUGGAGAUCGCAAUGAGUUUCGAAGGGCUUUUGGUGGAUCGGCCGUGCAUGGUAUGUUCAACUGGAUGACCGUCCUUGUUCUGCUUCCCAUCGAGAUUGGAACUGGAUAUUUGUACCACGUUUCCAAAGCCAUCAUCAACAGCUUUAACAUCUACGCCGGAGGAGAUGCCCCGGACAUCCUAAAAGUCAUCACUCGUCCUUUCACCGACCUCAUCGUCCAGGUGGACAGCAAACUGUUGGCUUCAAGUGUUCUCGAUGCCCCGGAGAGUGUGAUUAAAAGGUGGUGCGUUACCAAUAAAACUUCAGUCCUCCAAAAUGUCUCUGUCACCAACAUGAGUGACUGCUACCAAGUUGAAUGCUUUGUGACAGAAAAUGGGACAUUUACAGAGAAGAACGUGACUUUGACGGAAAACAUCAAGAAAUGUACUCAUAUUUUUGUGGAUGUUCAUCUCAACGACGUGGCCGUGGGAUUUAUCCUCCUGAUUGCCUCCCUGCUUGUCCUCUGCACAUGUCUCAUCCUCAUUGUCAAACUGCUCAAUUCAGUCCUGAAGGGGCAGAUAGCUACCAUCAUUAGGAAGAUCAUAAAUUCUGAUUUCCCGUUUCCGUUCACCUGGCUCAGUGGUUAUUUGGCCAUCGCCGUAGGGGCUGUAAUGACGUUUGUGGUGCAGAGUAGUUCCGUCUUCACUGCCGCUAUCGUUCCCUUAAUGGGUGUCGGAGUUAUCAGUAUGGAGCGGGCUUACCCUCUCUUCCUCGGAUCCAAUAUCGGAACCACUACCACAGCUGUACUCGCGGCCCUUGCCAGCCCUGCCGAACAACUCAGCAACUCUGUGCAGGUGGCAUUCAUCCAUUUGUUCUUCAACCUCAGCGGCUUGCUCAUGUGGUAUGUCGUGCCGUACCUGCGUAUACCCAUCCACGUGGCGAUGAAAUUUGGAGAUAUCACUGCCAAGUACCGCUGGUUUGCCGUCAUGUACCUCCUUCUCAGUUUCCUUAUCUUACCCUUAGCUGUCUUUGGUCUCUCCAUGGCUGGCUGGAUUGUCCUGGGUGCAGUUGCAGGCCCCAUUGUCCUUCUCAUCAUAGUGGCUAUAAUAAUAAAUAUACUCCAGAAGAAGCGUCCUUCUUGGUUACCACCGGUAUUGAAAAACUGGAACUUCCUGCCCAAGUGGAUGCACUCUUUGGCCCCCUUGGACAGGUUCAUCACCUCGGCCUGUGGCUGCUGCUGCAAGAAGUGCACCAAAAAGCAAAUAGAAGAAGACAAACCAAGGGACCUUCUGCCCGUGGACAUAAUGACCAUUGAGAAGCACUGCUACGAUAAUCCUGAGUGUGUUCAAUCCCAGGAGCUAUGAGGGUGGCACCAGCUGCCCACAUGGACCUUCUUUACCCCCCUCACCCGCUACCUAUUUAAGUUAAAAGAAACAUUUUUAUAUUUUGUUAAUAAUUAACCUUUUUUUUAUAAGUAUGAGAAUAGCAAAGAGGUGCUCCUGGACCUGAGUCGGCUCUGUUAACGGGCGAAACCCCCGAGGAACGCUGAACUCAGUCCUCUCUGUAUCGUGCGGAUCAGACGGGUGGACGGCCAUUGGCUGGUGUAGCUCUGUGGGGGUCUUAAAACCAUAGGCGGAGCCAAAGUGUGUCUCCCCCGAUACGGAGCAAGGUUCUAGCACAGGGGUGAUAACAUGGCGGCGUAACCCGUGAUAGAUGGCCCAGAAUUGGUCCUCACGCCUUAGUACAGAUUUGAACAGACAUAGGGCAUGGUCCACAAAAAUACCCCCCCCAUUUAACAUUGGCUCGGGACAUUGUAUGUAGCCCUGGGAUCUAUCAUCACAUGAGACCCUUUUAGGAGUGGAAUUAAAAGCCACAGAUAAUAUCCAGGGUAGAAAGGGUGAAUCCCAUAGCAGAUAAGAACCAUUUGACCCAUGAAGUCCUCUCGUUCCAAAAAAAGCCAGUCUGACGCUGACCAAUGGCUUUUUAACACUUGCAUCACAUGAUCUUACAUCAUGUAUCCCACCAAACGGACAGGACUCGGGGGGUCUUAUCUCUCCAUUCACCAACCAUGAGGUUGGCCACAUUUUGGUCAUAUAAAUGCGGCCGGCUAACUUGCGAUCGGUCCCACUCCCGCGUCAACAUCAGCGGCCCCCGGCCCUCGUGAUAUCUGUAGCAUUAAAACCUCUGCAGACAGAAAUCACUGUCGUUAUAUCAUUUGGAGUGUAGCCCCAGUGAUACGAUUUAACGAGAACGGGAAUUCAAAAUGGCCGCCCUCAGCCAUUCCCCGUCUCUGAUUGGAUAUUUAUGGGGGAGACUUCCACCUCAGAGGCUCCGACACACAUUAUAUGAAACGCUCCCUCCCCAAGUCAUUAAAAGUCAUGGAGCUCUAGGCUAAGCAGCGACCCCCAUGGCUACCAAACCCCAACUUACAUCAGCAAAUAGCAGCUGGGGAGGAAUAACGCUGUUUGUUUCAGGGAACGUGACACUCACUUGUUUUCAGGAUUAAUUGAUAAUAAUGUGAUAUUGAAACACCUUAUCAUGUCUUCUGUACUAUUAUCUCUGCAUCGAAUGCACACGGCACAUCACUAUAUUAAAACUAUUCAAAACAAA